AAAUAGGACAUCACAUUUUGAUUCAAAAUUCAUAGAAAAUAUAAUAAAAUAUAAUAAUGUAAAUAGAAAAAGAAAAAUAGAGCCCUUCAAAUGUUUAUCAAAAAGAAACUCAUAAUGAUGAACAAAAUACUAUGAAUUCUAAAGCUUCCAACUCAAAUGUUUAUAACCCAUCGCUUAGUUCAAAUGUAACCGUAACAGAUAAAGAAACGCAAACAAGUAUAAUUAGUGUUAACUUAAUGUCUUCCGAUCAUACACAGGGAAAACCAACUCCUAAAGACACAAAUACAACAUGUAAAGAUGAUAAUAUAAAAGUUUUUGAGUUCUGUGAGCUAAUUAGGGAUCCUGAAGACGACACUGUAAGUAUUGUCAAAGAAACUUUUACUGAAGAAGUUCUCACAAGCUCAGAAGGCUCAUUAUUUGGAAAACCCACACAUAAUAGAUACAAAUAUAGCAGAGAAGUCAUACAACCAUUUUGUAAAGUUAAUUCAACAGCUUGUCCAAAAUACCCUAUACAUAGAGACAUUCCAUUUAAAAAAUCAUCAUCAAACACUUCAAAAGAUUCCAAAAAAGAGGAUAACGGUUCCAGUAGUACUAUGAGUUCUGAUGGAAAGAAAACUACUUUUGAGAACCCCUCUACAACUCUGUCAAGUUCGAGCAUCAAAGAGGAUGGAAAGAAAAGACCAUGCCCACCCAGUCUCCCAAUAAACAACAAAAAGGAAUGUCAGAAAGAAGCAACCGAUUGCAAGUCUUAUCCCAAAUGCCCACAAUAUAAAGACGAAGCCAAAUUAAAGGAGUAUCUAUCAUCAUGUCUAAGUACGACUGUGACAAUGGCAAAGAAAGCAAGUGCAACCUGUUUAGAAAAAUGUGAAAAAACCAUUGGUAUCAGACCACCGAAAUGUGGUAAAGAAAACCCCACUUAUUAUGUAUUGGAAAAACCUAAAAGUAAAGAAAGUGUCGUUGAUAAAAGUAGUUAUGAAGGCAUACUUGAAUCCGAAGUUGUGCAAAAUUUCACAUCUGGCGUUAAAGGUAUUGUGGAUACGGUUAUCAAUAAAACAAAAGAAACUGUUAACACAUUUACAGGCGGCAGUUGCAAUGCGUUAGAGUCAAAUAAACCAAGAGAUAUAGAAAAUAAAAUCUUGAAGAAGGUAGCGAGCAUAUUACCUAACAAAUUCAAAAGUCAAGAAGACAAUGAAGAAAAUAGCCAAAACAGUAGUUUAACAAAGAUAAAAAGUUCCCUAAGCAACAUAUUUAAAAGCCAGGACAACGAAACUACUAAAAAAUCAAGCUUAAGCCAGAUAACAAAUAUGUUAACCAACCCCUUCAAAAGUCAAGAGGACAAUGCAGAGGCAAACAAAAGUAGUUUAACAAAGAUAACAAGUAUUUUUACAAACAUAAAAAGCAAAGACGAUUCAGAUAGCGAAAACAAGAGUUUAACAAGAAUUAAAAGUGUAAUAAGUAAUACAUUAACAAAUACUCAAGAUUACGCUACUAGCGUUAAAGAUAGUAUUAAUAUGAGCAAAAUGGCAGAGUCAGCAACAGCAGCUUUCGAAAGAGUAACUUCAGCUGUAUCAGCAACUAUAUCAACGGUGAAAGAUGUAAAGGAAAGUCUUAGUAUGACAAACAUUAUAAACUCGAGGUUAGACAAGAGUUCCCCCGAAGAUGAUCCGAAUAUAGUACGUAGAAUACCGCCUGAAAAUAUAAGUCAUGAACACGGCCAUAGUCCUGAAUCAGAUAACAAUAACCAGAGUAUAUUCACGAUGUUGAAAAGUAAACUGUUCUCCAUGUUCGCUGACGACACAGAAGAUGAUGACGAUAGUGAUGAUGAUGAUGAAAUUACCGCAGACACAAUCUUCAAAAAGUAUUGUGAUCAGUGAUGAGUCAAUAGAUCUAAAUUGAAAGACAAAAUAAAUCUGUAUGAAAU